CCAAAGCUCCUUCUGUCACAUAUCCACGUUCUUCAACUUUGUAUUUUAUUUUUUUUCAUUUUAGAAAAGCGAGUUGGCACAAAAUGAAGAUUUUUUAUAAAUUAGCAACAAGUCCUCACUUUGGAGGUGCAAAAUUUCUUAGCAUUCAGUGACUCCCUCAAGUCACCUUGCACAGAAUGACGCGCAACUAGCUGGUGAAGUCAAAUCGUCUCACCUGUUUUGUGUUCAUUGUUUUGUUUUAUUUACACUUCGUAGUACGUGCGCGUGAUGGGCUCCCUCAUUUGGACGCCGACCACCCUUCCUGCUUGGAAAACCACUUUUUUACUUUUAAACGUGAUCUCAGCUGUCGUGAGCAAAAGACACACAAUUUACUGGAACUCCACCAACACCAGGUUAACAGCAGGUGGACUGUCUAUCCAAGUAAAUCUGAACGACUACCUGGACUUCUAUUGCCCUUACUACCCCAGCAAGCAAAUGCUGGGCCCCAGGCAGCCGGAGACAUUGGCCCUCUACCUGACCGAGGAGGCUGCCUUCCAGGGCUGUGUGGAGACAACGGCGGCCAUCAAGAGGUGGGAAUGCAACACCCCCUUUGCUCGGUUCGGCUCGGUGCGCUUCUCUGAGAAGAUCCAAAGAUUCACCCCCUUCUCGUUGGGAUUUGAGUUCCUGCCAGGGCGGCACUACUAUUAUAGCUCUCUGCCUGCAGAUGAAGGCCCACCGCUGCCGUGUAUGACGCUGCGCGUGACCGUGUGCUGCGAGACCGCGUCCAAGGGCUCCAAACAAACUCAAGCGACUUCCCCUCUUAGUCGGGCUCCCCCGUCGAGGACACCUUCGCUUCCUCUCCUCUUCAUUCUCCUCAUCCUCCUGGCCCUCCUGCUGACGACCUGACCUACUGGCACCUGUUGCCAGGGAGAUUGUGACACUCGGGCACAUCCUGUGACCCCUCGCCAUCCGUGCAAAAAGACCGUGGGGGACGCGUCUGUCAUUGCGCACACACAAAUAACCAGGUGCACCACACAGACACACACACACUCAGGAACUUGCAAGCCACAAUCCCACUCAUGCAAUCACUUUCCAACAUCAACUCAUUCACUCCCAGCCCAGGAGUAUGUAAUGUAUUCAUAGAGUAUGUGUUGUGGUAGUUAUUAAAAGAAGGAAAAUGGCAGCGUUAAAUACUGACCGAUUUAGGUUAAAUAUCCCAAAAGUGCUUACUUACUUUUAAUUGUUCUGCCCUUUCACGAAAUGUCGUUGGCAGACAUACAUGAUCAAAAAAUAAGUCUUACAAUUUUCAGACCCGUUAAGUGAAAUUUACAAUUAGCCGCUUGUCACGAUAUGUUGUAGUAGUACAUUUGUAGUCAAUUAUUUGAUCACAAUAAGGUGAAAUUAGAUCAUUUCCAUACACUUUCUGUUAUCAUACAGUACAUCGAUGGCAAAGAUGGGAUUUUUGUCUGUUUGUUUUCCGUAAAUUGUUCAACCAAUUCAGUGAAAUUGGAUCAUUUAACCAUAUACACUGUACACUGCCAGACAUUAAAUGUCACAGGCAUCUAUAGACGAAUAAAACUAAAUAAUGUUAUAUUGGAUCAUUUCCAUUGGCUCACAGAACACCUAUCAUGGGCAUAGAUCAUAGUAGAUAAACAAAAAUAUUGUUUUGUUUUUGUUAUUGAAAUUGAAAUCGUGUUUCUCGGCACUGCUUACCUUACGUCCUACGCAAACAUAACUGAACAAAAAUGUAUUGAUUGUUGUUUAAGUAAAAGAAAUAAUCAUCUGUAAUUGUAUUAUUUUUAUUUAUAAAGAAAAUAUUGAGGUUUAAUUGAUAACAUCUGAGAGGUAUUGUAUAAAUAACAGUGUGGAACUGUUUAUUUUUGGUUUGUUUAGAUCUGACAGCUGUUUUGAACAAAUUUUUGGGUGCAGAAUCACCACUGAUCUAGAUUUUUCUCUGAGGUCUUUUUUUUUUAACCGUAGGAAUACUGUACUUAACAUAAUAUAUGUGCUUGCUUUAUUUAAAUAUAUACUGUAUGGCAGAAAACACUCAGGUGACUUGAUGUUCCACUCUGAGACCCCCAAUUAGGCCAAAUUUCAAAUUUGUCCUAUAUGCAUGUGUGAUACAUCAUUGGAAAGCUUAAUACCUCAAUUUUCUGGGGCAAGAAAAUAUUUGAAUAGAAAAGCAUAAAAAAAAAAAUUAAAAAAAAACAGCAAAACCCUAACUGUAGGUGAGAGCAUGAGACAGCAUAAUUAAAGACGCCAUGAUUUUAAGAAGAUAUUAUCGCAUACUUGUUCCAAUCCAAAAACUCCUUGUAACAUAUAUCCGGAUUUGGGGGGGAUUUUACGGGUGAAACACGGUAAUAUAACAAGGGUCACGAUGCAGAAAUCGCAGACAUCAAGGAGUCGUCGAGAUUUUCUUUUUCAAAUAUUUAUCCUUUUGAACUUUUGUUUUUUGUUUUUUUUUUUCUUUGUCUGGAUCAAUUAUUGUCUAACAUAUCGGGGAAAAUGCGACAGUAACAAAAAAAAAAAACAAAAAAAAAUACAAUUAAGCGAUAGUUAUGAGGUAGAUAUCCGUGCCCUAUUUACAGACACUAUUUUUUACAUUGUGACAUAAUUUGUUUAAAAGUUUAAAAUAUGCGAGUGAAAAAUUUUAUAAAGUAUUUUCUUUAAACUAAAUAUUAGACAUCAAUUAAUUAUUCUAGGCUAAAAAUGAUAGCCAUUUUGAAUAAUAAAUAUAAUUACUAGAGCUGGGAAUCUUUGGGCACCUAACGAUUCAAUUACGAUUACGAUUCAGAGGCUCCGAUUCGAUUAUAAAACGAUUAUUGAUUCCCCCCCUCCUUUUUUUGUUUUAUUUUUUUUUUUUUUAAUGUUUUGUAUAUUAGUUCCAAAAUUGUUCAAAAAUACUCUCAGGCUAAACCAAACUACUAUUUCAGUAUCAAGUUAACAUAUAGCAGUAAACAAAUAUACAAAAAUAACAGUAAAUAAAAAAAACUCCAGUCCCCAUUCUGUAUCAGCAGCUUUAAACUACAUUCAAUUAAUUUAAUGUUGUGAAUCAACAAUUAAAGUUGUUAAAAUUGCUCCCAUUAUUCCAUAAUUUCCCUUUUGUCUACUUUCGACAUGUGAAACUAUUUUAAAGAUAGAUUCAAGUCAAUAUUUUACCGAUUUAGGAGUAUUUUAGAUAAAAAGUUAAUUAGGUUUGCUUGGAAGGUUCUCUACAACAGCCUUGCAGGGAAGUGUACUGCUUUAAGAUGGCGGCCGUUUACUAACGCCCGCAUCUAGCUUUUUGUAGGUGUGCUGCUAACGCUAACGAAUCUCUAAUGCAUCUAGUCCUAUAUAAAUGAUAUGUACCGUAACAUUAUGUGAAUGUACUUUGUAGCAGCUUUUCGGCAGCAGUCAGGUAUGUUGUUGGUUUUUUAUCUCGUGGCAUGAGUUGAGCUAGAGCCGUGAGUUGAGCAUUGGCAUUACACGAGGGGCCGGGAAAUGAGAAGCACGAUGUUUAGCUACUCUCGCUCCGUUCCUCAAUGUCCGCGCGGCGCGCUGAGUGUGUUGUACUUCCGCUUUACUUGACAUAUUUCAAUAAUUGGAACUCGGAUGUUUGUGAAUCGUUCUCGAAUCUUCCACGGCCGAAUCACGAAUAAUCUAAAAAUCGGAAAUUUUGCAUACCUCUAAUAAUUACAUACCUUGUUUUUAUGGCUGAGUUAAAACAAAAGCGGUUGCGCGGUGUCUGUAAACGGGGGUAUCCAGGGUAAAACGGGCAAAUUAAAAAUUGUUCGGGGGCUUAAUGCGCAUAAAACUUCUAUAGCAGCAUAUAGACAUAUUGUGCUAUCAAGCACAACGGUUCUUUUGGCUUAAAAUACAUCAGUUUAUUUUAAAAAGGGGGUGCAAGAGUAGAAACUGCUUUUUCAGCCUUGUCUGUGUUUUCCGCCAUAUAUGUUGACAUAAAAUUAAAUAUGAAAGAAACAGGCUUGAGUCUAAUCAUUCAUAAUUUUUUUGUUAGAUUUUUUUUUUGUUUAGUUUCAUUUAAAAAAUAUAUGGCUAGUUGUACAGUACUGUAUAUAUAUGUACUAAUAGCAUAGUAAGUUGGUUAGCGGUGGAGAAAUAACUGGAUGUGAUAGAGUAAAAAUGUCAAGUUUGGGAUUCUGCAACCAAAAAUUUGUUAAAAACAACUGUCAGUCCUUAAAUUUCAGAUAAUUUUUCCAAAAUUUUGGCCCAGUCUUGUGUUGUGGUUGGAGGUUGCGUCCCAUGAGAAAUUCCACAUUUCCAUAUAUUCACGAGUAAAGACAUUUACACAUUAAACUGGUUAAACAACAAGUUUUCUUUCAAGUUUGACCAAGUGCCACGUUUUUCUUUUCCAUACUACAGUGUGUUUGUUUACUUGAAUUUGAUCAAUAAAUGCAUUGAAGAGAGGUGUAGGGCUAUUAGGGCGUAAUGAGAUAAGGUUGCUGCGCCCCCUACUGGGAUCCUACUGGUUGUACUGGAAUUGGACUGGGUUGGCCAAACAGCCAAUUAUACUGGUGAUGUUUAACAAUGAUAAUAAAAGGUGGACCUCAGGCUGCUCUGUCCUGUUUGAUCGGGCGUCCUGCCGCGCUCUCUCUUUGGAUCACAGGACAAAUGCCUGCCAGAGGGAAUUGUGGGUAAACACUACACAGGGCCCGACUCGCUCCACUGAAGCACAACGCUGCACAUGAUAUGCGCACAUGCUCCUUUUCAUCCUUGACUUUUUUUCUUUUAACAUCAACUCUUAACUCAUUUUCACUGACAUGGUUAAUAAACCUUGCCAAAAUACAUCUGUUUUGUUGUUUUAGUUAGUUUUCUGUUAUUUAAUAUGGGAAAGUUUACGCACAUGAAAUGUAUUAUAAUGUAAAUAACUACUAAACCCAGUUUUUUCCCCCUUUUGGUGUACUUUGCCCUGCUGCAUUUUUGUUUUGCAAGCCAAAUGUAUUUUGAUUGGUAGUUAAUUGCCUGAUCAUUUUUAAUCUAAACGUAAAAAUGUUAAAACUUACAUUUUUGUGAUACCUUGUCACUCAAAGUGCCAUUGUUUAAAAAAUGUGUUGAGCAUGCAAUUCUGAAAUAAACUGUGUUUGUUUUAAUUUAGGGAAUUUUGAUUGCCUUUGGCUUUAAAUCAUUUUUAUGAAACUUCAUUGUUGGCACUUAUAUGAUUUUGUUUGUUUUUGUUUUAAAACAACGUAAAUAACCAUUAAUGUAACAUUUUUUUUCUUUGGGGGUUUACUUUUGUUUUUUUUAAUCAUUUGUUAUAGAGAACGUAAUCAUCAUGUGUAGCGUAGUUGUCUUUUUGUUUUUUUUUGUUUGUACCGCAUGUGUGUCCAUGUGUUUAAUGUUCCCUCAGCGUUCACAUUUUAGUGAAGAAUGUAGCUUCUUCUGUGAAGAGAAAACCGCAAUCUGAGCCUAUUUUUUUGUACUUUUUUUUCUUUUUUUUUUUCAUUCAGCCGUGGCAACAAAAUAAAAUUCCUGAACUGUUGGCCUCA